CUCUUGACAGGAAAAUACAUCAUUCCCUUCAGCAGCAAGACUUUGAGUAUCAGAAGAUGAAUGAUUUGCCAUUCAUGACAGUGCAGCAGGGAGGCCCCAGUGUACUGCCUUAGGGCUGGGAUAGUUUGGAUGUGUGGUUGUACAGGGUUGAAGCUCUUCUGACAGUAAUGUUCUUGGGAUCUGUGUUGAGUGUUUCCAAGAGUUCCUGGCUGGCAUCAGCUGUGAUUCAGGAACAAAUUUCUUCUUCCUGGGCAAAACAGAGGCUCACAGGAUGUUUGCCCAGAGCUCCCAGAAUUCUACGAGCCCCGUGCUGCUGCUGGUGCUGCUGGGCUGUGUCCUGUGUCCCCCAGUACAGGCCAGCAAGAGCUCCGAGGACAUUCGCUGCAAGUGCAUCUGCCCCCCGUACCGCAACAUCAGUGGGCACAUCUACAACAAGAAUGUGUCCCAGAAGGACUGCAACUGUCUGCACGUGGUGGAGCCCAUGCCAGUGCCUGGGAAUGAUGUGGAGGCCUACUGCCUGCUCUGUGAGUGCAAGUACGAGGAGCGCAGCACCACCACCAUCAAGGUGAUCAUCAUCAUCUACCUGUCGGUGGUGGGGGCCCUGCUGCUCUACAUGGCGUUCCUGGUGCUCGUGGACCCCCUGAUCCGCAAGCCAGACCCCUACACCCAGCCUCUGCACAAUGAAGAGGACAGUGAGGACACUCGCUCCCUGGCCACAGUGCCCACCCUGGCUGGUGCCAGGGCCAACACAGUGCUGGAGCGGGUGGAGGGGGCGCAGCAGCGCUGGAAACGGCAGGUGCAGGAGCAGAGGAAGACGGUGUUUGACCGGCACAAGAUGCUGAGCUAGGCUCUGCUGGGCUCUGCCACAUCAGGACACCCAGCAUUGGAAUGGAACCUCCAGCCCUCCCUGAUUCACCAUCUCCAGAGGUAGCAUCAGCCCCAAAGGUUUCUCUGGUUGUGUCCCCUGCCCUUCCCCUGUCCAGCCAUGCUGGCUCCUUGGCUAUGGCUGCCACGUGGGGCUUGGCCAAACACAGGACUCCAUCAGCCCACCCUAGCAGGGACAGGGGCUGGGAACAGAGCACUGGCAGCUGGCUCAGUCUUCUGGGAUAAAAAUAGUGGGACAAUUUUGAUGUGGGAUAAAUUAUGUGAUGUUUCUCCAGAUGCAGCAGCCACUUCCUCCUCCAGUGUGCACUGAUGGUCCCUGGGCAUUGUGGUACUGAGCCAUGUGUGCAGCACAGGAACAAAGGGGAGGGGGUUUCUGCCAGUAGGCUCUGCUGCUUCUGCUUAUCCUGAUGUAAACGGAGAGAUUUCCAUACCUCUGGAGUCUGUCCAGGUUUACACCAGCAUAACUGAGACUGCAGCUUGCUUCUAGACAGGUGAAUAUUACAAAACCUGUUAGUACAAACUACAAACCAUCAGUAAGAGUCGAACAGGUAAAAAGCUGAUUUACAUUUCUAUCUUUUUGUGCUUUACUAGUAGAUAAUAACCUCCUGGGGUGAAACCUCUCCAUUUGUACUCACACUGGUGACCCUUGGUGUUCUCCCAGGGUAGGCAGCUGCAUUUCUGUCCAAGAGAACUGGGGCAAACUGCUCUCCUGGAGCACUGAAAACACCUGUCAGGGCCCUGGGAAGUGGACACUUCUGCCACUCUGAACACUCCAAGAGCUCUGACAGGGCUUGGGCUGUGUGGAGGAAUCUGCAGUGGUUCUGCCAUAUGUAUUGAUCCCACUGAGAACAUUUGGAGUUUAUGGUGUAGCACCUCCGUAUUAAAAGCAGACAAAGAUCUACUA